AUUCUCAAUGAGCGAGAAAAAAUCGCCGUUUCUUUCGCUAUUUCGCCGAAAGAAGCGGGUCACUGAAGAGAUGCCCCAGUCGGGAGUGCUGUCGCCAGUCAAGAAAAAUGACAAAGAAAGAACUGGAAAGGAAAACAAAGGUAUUGUGAACAGCAAUACGAUGCCUGCUGAUAUGGAUGGAGGCAAGAAGAACAAGAAGACUAAAGUAUCUAAAAAUGGAAAGGAUUUUGGAAAGUCAAUGUCAAUGGAUGUACUUCUGGAAGAUGAAGCUGCAGCACUUGUUGAAGCGCUUGAAACAUUUGGAGACGAAAAACCAACUGUUGCCAGGAGUAUUCCAAAACACGCCAGAGUUGUCAAAAAAGAAGACAACUCAAUGAAAAACUGUUUGUUCGAGAAAGAGGUAUACGACACAAUGCUCAGUGACUCAUUGCGAGUUUGUGAAAUGCUGCAAUCCCAUUUAGAUGAUUGCAUCGUUUCCGUGCGAGCAAAAAGUCCGGAGCCCACUUCGUCGUACUCACUGGACGGCCGUGAUUCUGGCCGUGGAGCUUCUUCUCCAUCUUCCACUAUGUCAUCUACCACAAGUCCAGGGACCAAAAGAGUUGCCAAGGAAACUCAUAUGUGAGAAGAUACAAAACUAUGAUCUGACCAUUUUUGCAAAAAUCGUUUGUCAUUAUAUCUACCAAGACUCUCCAUCUCAUUCCACGUUUGAACCCCUACCAUAAUGCUGUAAACACUUGCUGUUAUGUACUAGAUUAGCAGUAUACUUUUAUAUUCUCUUUCGGGUUCAUUAUCCCAGCUUUUGACACUUUUUCAUUUCAUUUCAUUGUUUAUAUACUUUGUCAUUGUCACUUUUCUAGCUGUUUAUCGCUUUCCACGUACCACACCAACUCCUUACCAAAAAGAGCAAUUUAACCGCGAUGUUAUUCCGCAUGAUGAAUGUAUUUAGAUCUACAACCAUAUGUAGUACAGGUUCUCCUUUUUUCUUCCAUUUAUUUUCCAUAAUACCAAUAUCUCAAAAAAUCUAAUAAAACGUUAUUAAAA